GCUGCCCUCCGGCACUCCUCCUGGGGAGGUCUGCACCUGCUGUAUCUGACUGGCACCUGGAAACCCCAGGACCUUGGAAAGCUGAGAAUGUCUGACAAUCCCAGGACCACCUUUGCGGGCAGGAGAGCAGUCCCCCCCAACAACUCCAAUGCAGCAGAAGACGAACGCCCCACUGAGGAGCUGCUGGGAUUGGUGCCCCGGGGUGUCAACCUGGAAGACUACCUUACUGUCACAGAUGUUCACUUAUUCAAAGAGAAAUGGGACAGCAACAAGAUCGAUCACCACACUGACAAGUAUGACAACAACAAGUUGAUUGUCCGGAGAGGGCAGUCUUUCUACGUCCAGAUUGACUUCGAUCGUCCAUAUGACCCAAGGAAGGACCUCUUCAGGGUGGAAUAUGUCAUCGGGCGCUACCCUCAGGCGAACAAGGGGACCUACAUUCCAGUGCCUAUUGUCUCCGAGCUGCAGAGCGGAAAGUGGGGGGCCAAGGUUAUCAUGAACGAGGACAGGUCUGUCCGGCUGUCCAUCCAGUCUUCGCCCGACUGCAUUGUGGGGAAAUUCCGCAUGUACGUGGCUGUCUGGACCCCCUACGGCAUCCUCCGAACCCGCAGGAACCCGGAAACAGACACAUACAUUCUCUUCAACCCUUGGUGUGAAGAGGAUGCUGUGUAUCUGGACGACGAGAAAGAAAGAGAAGAAUACAUCCUGAAUGAUAUUGGGGUGAUUUUUUAUGGAGACUUUGACAACAUCAAGAGUAGAAGCUGGAGCUAUGGUCAGUUUGAAGAUGGCAUCCUCGAUGCUUGCUUAUAUGUGAUGGACAAAGCACAGAUGGAUCUUUCUGGUAGAGGAAAUCCCAUCAAAGUCAGCCGUGUUGGGUCUGCAAUGAUUAAUGCCAAAGAUGACCAAGGUGUCAUUGUGGGGUCCUGGGACAAUGUUUAUGCCUAUGGCGUCCCCCCAUCAGCCUGGACCGGAAGUGUGGACAUCCUGUUGGAAUACAAGAGCUCUGAAAAUCCAGUCCAGUAUGGCCAGUGCUGGGUUUUUGCUGGUGUCUUUAAUACAUUUCUGCGAUGCCUCGGAAUUCCAGCAAGAGUCAUUACCAAUUACUUCUCAGCCCAUGACAAUGAUGCCAAUUUGCAAAUGGACAUCUUCCUAGAAGAGGACGGCAGCGUGAAUUCCAAACUAACCAAGGACUCAGUGUGGAACUACCACUGCUGGAAUGAAGCUUGGAUGACGAGGCCGGAUCUUCCUGUUGGAUUUGGAGGCUGGCAAGUUGUGGACAGCACCCCCCAGGAAAACAGCGACGGCAUGUACCGGUGUGGCCCUGCCUCUGUCCAAGCCAUCAAGCACGGCCAUGUGUGCUUCCAGUUUGAUGCGCCCUUUGUUUUUGCAGAGGUCAACAGUGAUCUUAUCUACAUUACAGCUAAGAAAGAUGGCACUCAUGUGGUAGAAGGAGUGGAUACCACCCACAUUGGGAAAUUAAUUGUGACCAAACAAAUUGGAGGAGAUGGAAUACAGGAUAUUACUGAUACUUACAAAUUCCAAGAAGGUCAGGAAGAAGAGAGAUUGGCCCUAGAAACUGCCCUCAUGUACGGAGCAAAAAAGGACAUCAAAACAGAAGGCAUUUUCAAAUCAAGGUCAAAUGUGGACAUGGACUUUCAAGUGGAAAAUGCCGUGCUGGGGAAGGACUUCAAGGUCACCGUCACUUUCCAGAGCAACAGCCCCAACCACUACAACAUCACAGCCUACCUCUCGGGGAACAUAACCUUCUACACUGGGGUCGCCAAGACCGAAUUCAAGAACGAGACAUUUGACGUGGUGCUGGAGCCUUUUUCCUUCAAGCAAAAGGAGGUGAUGGUCAGAGCGGGUGAGUACAUGGGCCAGCUGCUGGAGCAGGCCUUCUUGCACUUCUUCGUCACAGCUCGCAUCAGUGAGUCCAGGGAUGUCCUGGCUAAGCAGAAGUCCACCAUGCUCAUCAUCCCCAAAGUCAUCAUCAAGGCCCGAGGUGCUGCAAUGGUUGGUUCUGACAUGGUUGUCACUGUUGAGUUCACCAAUCCUUUAAAGGAAACACUUCAAAAUGUCUGGAUACACCUAGAUGGUCCCGGUUUAUUAAAACCCAAAAGAAAAAUGUUCCGUGAAAUUCGGCCCAACGCCACCGUGCAAUGGGAAGAAGUGUGUCGGCCAUGGGUUUCUGGCCCGCGGAAGUUGAUAGCCAGCAUGACCAGUGAUUCCCUGAGACACGUAUACGGCGAGCUGGACUUGCAGGUUCAAAGACGACCUUCCGCCUAAAUGCACAGGAGGCUGAGAUGGGCCCAGGCGCUUGACCUCUUGCAGUGUUGCCUGAGGAAAUUCUAAAGCAAAACUAGUUAGCUCUUGCUUUGACAAACAUAGAAGACCCAGACAACACUGGUGAAAAACCAAGAGCAAGGAUGCCAUGCAUUUCAGAAACACUUUUCCAAAUCCAAACUAUCCAGUGUGGAAGUUAGUUUCGAAUCACUUGACCUUCCAAGGAUUCUAAGAAUUAACUUUAAUUAAGCUCUAAUUAAGCUGUCAUAACUCAUAAGAGUAAAAGUCAUCAUUUAUCAUUGCAAAUGGCUGCAACUCCAAAUAUCAGAGGGCUUCCCUUAGCAGGAAGAUAUGCUCAAUACCUGGCCUCAUUUAAAACUUCCAAUCCCCACUCAGGCUUGUGAGGGUACCAUAUGCCCUCCAAGGGACAGGAGCAUAUGAUUUGGUCCUUAGAAUUAUAUUCUCCUUCCUUGGAAUCAGGUUCUAGCCUCUGUGUUAGAAUAUUUGUCCCAGGAAUUGAACACAUCAUUUUUCUUCUUGGCAAAGCCAGGAAAAGGUUGUUCAUCUUGCACCUGCAGCCAAGCAGUUUCCUGCCAAAUUCCACAGCUUCACCUUGUAAGAAGAUGCAGCCCUAUAUUAACAAAUUGUAUUUGUGGGAAACUUAAUCACCUAGGAGGAGAAAAGAAAGCAGGUGCAAUACUCAGAUCUAUUAAAUAAUGUAGUUUUGUGGUGCACUUUAUAAGUGUCACACAGUGGCCUGAUCAGCAGGAAUCAAUAUCCCUUAAUUUAACCCUUUCUGGGGUGCAGCAGUAGAAAGUAAUUAGGCUUAUUUGGGACUGGAGGAAUGAGAAAUUAGUCACCUUAAUUAGUGGGUACACUUCCCUGUGUCUCUGGAAUCAUCUCCUCCGUGCAGUGACACAGGCACAGACCUUUUUUAGAGCUGGAAUUAUCCCAACAGGCUGGAGAAGCUGGCAGAUUUAGUGAUGAGACUGGUAGGCAGGCAGGCAGCUACUAAUUCUCUUUACCUUCACAUUGCCCGCAUUGAGACUUCGCCUCAACUUUCAAGUGCCAAAAGUUACCAUGGACCCACUUUUGCCAAUAGCCAGUGCUAGUGCUGACCCAAUGACAAAUGAUGUCAAGAGCAUUUGUGUUACGCUCCAAGGGUCCAACAGUCAAAGCUACUGGUAUUUAUUUGUAAGGUGGAUACAUGGUCAUAAUUUCCCACUGAAAUGCCUUGGUGUGGUUUAGGUCAGUAGAUUAUGACUGACAAAAUCACAGUGGGAAAGAGGGUGUGGGAGUUGGAAUGGAAUGUUCCAGCCUGUGGAGCUACAUUUCUAAGCUUUUGAGACUCUUCUUGAGCCUUCAGUUCUAACCCAUUAGAGUGAGUCCCUUCUAUCAGCAUAUCCCAAUCAUACAUAUCUUCCAGCGUUUGCCAAGCUUUUCAAUACCAAAUUGUAAAAUGAAAUGUAUUUUGCUAGACUGUUAAACUGCAGUACCUAAUUAUGUUAUUAAUGAGAAUGUAAUAGAUGCUUAAAAUAAAGUUAAUCUGAUUACACUGGAA